GAAAGUACUGGCAACGUCGAGGAGACUGCCAAGCUGCUCACUGGCGCAAUGAGAACAUCACCACCACGUGCCACGCAACGCUGGAUGGCAUGUUGCUCCUGCUUGAUGGCAUAGUCGAGGACAGCAGCUCCACCAUCGAUGAGAACGUCACCCUUAUACUGAUUGUCCGGAACUCGUCAGCUCGGAUCGCUCCAACUGAGAGAAAGAAAGGAUACGCUGUACACCUGGAUCUGUCGCUGGAACGGCUGUCACUAGAUGUCGUGCCUACGCGAGCGUUGACACCACUGCCUGGAGUCCCUAAGUCUGUCUUCAAGAAAGAGCUGAACCUGGGGGCAUCAGCCAUACUAAGGCGCUUCAUCGAGACAGAGGCUCGCGAGGGCGUGCUAAGGCACGCGUUCUCCCUCAUUCACCUGCCCCUGCCGCAACAAUAAACGCGGUGUCUGAGGCA